GGGUAAUAAAAAAGCAUUUGACCAAGUGAUUCGUGCUAACAUUGGUGAUUGUCAUGCAAUGGGUCAGAAGCCUGUUACCUUCCUCAGACAACUUCUUAUACUGACAUUUGAUCCCACUUUGCUUGACUCACCAAAUUAUGCAGAAGAUGUGAAAGAGCGUGCCAGAGCUAUUUUAGAUAGUUGUCAGGGUUGUUCUGUGGGGUCCUACACUGAUUCUGCUGGAUUGGAAGUCGUUAGAAAGCAAGUUGCUCAGUAUAUUCAAAAACGUGAUGGUGGUAUUGCUUCAGAUCCCGAUAAUAUUUAUUUAACCGCUGGUGCUACUCCCGGCAUCAAAUCAGUUCUUUCUCUAAUGCGAGCCGAAAUCAAUUCCAAGCCACCCGGUGUUAUGGUACCAAUUCCACAAUAUCCACUUUAUUCUGCUACUAUUGCUGAAUAUGGUAUGGAAAAAAUUGGUUAUUACCUUGAUGAGGAAACCAAUUGGAGUUUGAAUCGCGCCGAAUUAGAGCGCGCUUAUAAUGAAGCUAAGCAAAGUUAUGAACCGCGUGCUUUGGUGGUUAUUAAUCCUGGUAAUCCAACUGGACAAGUACUAAAACGCGAAAAUAUUGUCGAUAUUAUUAAAUUUGCGUAUGAUAACAAAUUGGUACUGUUGGCUGAUGAAGUGUAUCAAGAUAAUGUAUAUGAUAAGAAUUCGAAAUUCUUUUCAUUCAAAAAAGUAAUGACCGAAAUGGGUGCGCCCUACAAAGAUAUGGAG